GGGAGAGUUAGUAAACGACACAUUUCAUUUUUCUGCGUAUCUGAUCAUAAAGUGUCGAAAGAAAGUCGUCGUUGAAAUUUUCACGAAUCGAGACUUCAGCAGUAAAUAAAUUCUGAAAUAUGUUUCGUUUUUUCGUGAUAGUGACGGUGCUCUUUAUGAUGACUGGCGCGCAAUUGUAUAGAAACAAGACGGAUUUUCCUCCAAAAUUUUCGGAAAAAAUUGGCAUCAAGUCGCAACGAAUUCGUUCGUUAGAUCAUAAUCUUCCUUCAGUACGUCUGACCAAUUUCAAAAACGUGUAUUAUUAUGGCACUAUUAAUAUUGGAAUGCCACCACAAGAAUUUAAAGUCGUAUUUGAUACUGCUGCUGUAGAUCUUUGGGUAUUUUCCAGAAAUUGCUCAAUCCCUAUUUGUACAAAAAAUAAUCAAUACGAUAAUACAAAAUCCAAAACAUACAAUAAUAUAAAAAAGGGUAGAAAAAUUAUUUUACCAUCUAAAUGUUUCGAUGUAAAAGCAAUCUUAGCUAUUGAUACAGUGAAUGUUGCCAACCUCAAUGUAAAGAAUCAAACAUUUGCAGAAGUGGUACAUAUACUGGAAGAUGUCGACAUAAUUGAAAAUAUAUGUGCUGAUCGAACAUUUGAUGGUAUCUUUGGCCUCAGAUCUUUUGAGCUAUAUGAUAAUGAUAUAACACCUGUCUUUGGCAACAUGAUUCGACAAGGACUAGUGUCAUCACGCAUUUUCAGUUUUUAUCUAAAUAGAGACACUUCAGCCGAUUUAGGUGGUAUAUUGACAUUGGGUGGUUCCGAUCCUGCUUAUUACGAAGGGGGUUUUACAUAUAUUCCUGUUGCUGAAGGAUUCUGGCAAUUUCUCAUUAAUAGUAUUGAAGGGGAUCAUUUUACUUGGUGCGAUGGAGGCUGCCGAGCUCUCCUUGAUACAAGUGUUUGGAAAAUAAUUGGACCAGAAAAAGAUAUUUCAUCUAUUAAUCAAUUUAUUAAAAUUGAUCCACAGGGAAGAGUGAACUGCAAUAGAAUUUCUCAAUUGCCUACAAUCACAUUUAAUUUGGCUGGUAAGGAUUUCGAUCUUACUGGUAAAGAUUACAUCAUUCAACAUCCAGAUGAUGAAAGUAUAUGUAUAACCGUCUUCUGGAAACACGAAGAAGAGGAUGAAGUAGCAUGGAUUCUGGGCAUGCCAUUUAUUGGCCGUUACUACACCAAGUUUGAUAUGGAGAAAAACCGAUUAGGAUUUGCUUUGGCGAAAAAUGUAUAGAAUUCAUCAAAAUGUAGGAAAUCUUUCAUUGUCAACUUUUAUUGUUUACUUUAUCAUCAGUUUUUUAAAUUAUUUGUUUAGUUUUCGGUAAGAAAAAAAUUUAAUCUUUUUUAAUCGCCAAUCGACAAAAUUUGCAUAUUAUCAAUGUGAAUUUUUGCGUAAUAUGUACAUUAUUGUGCCUUAAUUUUCAACAGCAAUACUUUAUCGAGAAAGCAGCUGAUAUGAGCUUAUUGAUAAUUAGAAUGAGAAUUUUUGUGAAUAGUGUCAUUUGCUAAGUUCAUUGUUGCAUGGCCGUCUAGUCGAUAUAAUCAAUUUAUUUUUUCAAAAUGCUCCUCUGAUUUCUCCUUCAUUAUCAUUCUUAAUCACGCGCACGUUUAAUAAUUUAUUUUAAUACAAUUUAUUUUAAUUAUAAAACAAAAUAUUGGAUAAAAUAUUUUUAUAUUUGAUAGGGCGGAUCGAUAACACGAAUUUAUUUUGAAUGUGCGCGAUUGCCUAGAAGCCAUCACAUGUCGAUAAACGAGAGCUUUAAUAGUCGAGUAUAAUUUAUUUUUUGUAUGUCCUGUCACAACGUACAGAAAGAAAUUUGUCAAAAAUUUCGAUAAUAUUCUUGUGGUGACUGCGGUGCUGAUCAGGGCGAAAAUCCAAAGCUAAGUUUAUACAUUGUUAAUAAAAUAACUUUAUGUCGCUAGUCAGAUAAUCACAAGGAUCGUUGAAAAAAAUGUAGUCGACCAAACUAGCCAGUAAUUUGUUUAUUAACACGAUGUUUCGACCAUUUGGUUGUGGUCCUUAUCAUGUAUAUACGAUGCAAUAAUAAUCAGGAGACAGGCAUAGACGAUAAUCUUGCAAAACUGCACAAGUCACAUUAACAAAAAACGUUAUUUAACUGGAUUUGAAUUUGAGAGAAACUGAUGCGUCCGUUUGAGACUUCGUCAAGAAGUUGGUGUUUAGUUUCUUGACGAAGUCUCAAACGGACGCAUCAGUUUCUCUCAAAUUCAAAUCCAG